GAAGCCAGGAAAGCUGAGAUCUAAAACCACUUUGAGGAUCUUCAUUAGUAGUUAUGCCAAUGUUUAUUCUUCUUCUUUUUCUGUUUUUCUUAGUUCUUCUUCUCCAGAAGAUGCAAAAGCAAAAGCAGCGGCUGUGGCUUCCUCCUGGCCCUCGAAAACUUCCAAUUAUUGGAAACCUUCACCAAAUCGGUGCAGUUCCCCACCAGUCGUUUGCUGAAAUGUCAAAGAAACAUGGCCCUGUAAUGCUCGUUCAUCCUGGAUUUGUCCCAAAACUCAUUGUAUCCUCCGCAGAUGCUGCGAAAGAACUCUUAAAAGCCCACGAGCUCGAUUCCUGCGGCCGACCUCCCUUGACAGGUGCCGGAGAGCUUUCCUAUAACUACCUCAACGUCGCCUUUACUGCUUAUGGCGAUUACUGGAGGGUAAUGCGACGUCUGUACGUUAUCGAACUCCUCAGCAUUAAAAGGGUCCAAUCGUUCCGCUUCAUCAGAGAAGAAGAGGUGGAAUUCCUAAUAAAAUCAAUUUCGGAAUUCUCCAAAUUGGGGACACCGGUCAACCUCAGUGAGAAGCUGAUUUCUCUUACCGCUGAUGUCACCGGUCGGGUUGCUUUUGGAAAGAGCUUUAAAGAAAGGGAAUAUGAAUAUUUCGGCGCGGAUUUCGAAGAGGAGAUUCAUGAAGCUGUUGUCAUGUUGGGAAACUUUGCAGCAGCCGAUUUCUUCCCUUACUGCGGUUGGAUUGUGGACAGAAUCACCGGUCUCCAUAGAAGACUGGAACGGAAUUUUAAAAAACUGGAUGCUUUCUUCCAGAAAGUGCUAGACGAUCACCUCUGCUCCGGUCGCCGAAUUACAGAGGAAGAACACGAAGAUAUCAUCGACGUUCUGAUAAAAAUAGGGAAAUAUGAAACGGCAUCCGGUACUGAAAAAAUCACUCACAAUCACAUCAAAGCUAUUCUUAUGGACAUAUUUCUUGGCGGAUCGCAUACCACUGCCAUAAGCAUGGCUUGGGCCAUGGCGGAGCUGGCAAAGAACCCAAGAGUGAUAAAGAAAGCACAGGAAGAAAUAAGAAACAGCGCGGUGGUGAAGGAAAACUGGCGGUUGCAGCCACCGGGGACGUUGCUGGCUGCGAGAGAAGCCAUUACCCGAUUCAACGUCUCGGGUUACACCAUCGACCCGAAGACCCAAAUACAAGUAAAUGUUUGGGCCAUCUGGCGGGAUCCAAAUGCAUGGGAAAACCCCCAAGAGUUCUACCCCGAGAGGUUCUUGGACAGUCCAAUUGAUUUCAAGGGGCAGAAUUAUGAGUUUUUACCGUUCGGUAGUGGUCGUAGAAUUUGUACGGGAGUGCAUAAGGCGGUCGCGGUAGUAGAGCUGACACUUGCAAAUCUUUUGUAUUGCUUUGCUUGGAAAUUACCGGAGGGGAUGACAGAGGAAGAUAUCUGCAUGGAGGAAGAAGCUGGAAUUGCUGUUCAAAAGAAAGUGCCUCUUAAGCUCAUUCCCGUUGAAUAUCAAUGUUCAUCUGAAAGUAAGAUGUACAAAGUGGCUGUUUACUUGUAUUUAAACGCCAAACAUCACAUCACAUGUAAGGAUAUUAAUAUAACUACCGUUCGUAGAAUUCUAGAACGAGUAUUUGCAUGAGAUCAAGUUGUUACAACUACUAGUCUUUCUUUUGUUUAUGCAUUCUUAGUAAAAGAAGUAUGCACUAGAGCAAUCAGUCCAAAUGCUUGUGUUGUGUCUAGGUCCGCAUUGCCCACUUCCAAAAAACUCUGAGGCGUGAGCUGUUAAAAAAAAUUAAAAAAUUUA